CAAGAAUGCUUGUCCAGGUUACACUCGCGCGCCGUCCCCAUUUGCGGCUGACUGCCGAAGAGGGGAAGCUCCCAGUCAGCCAUCCCAUCAUCCCCCGGAUUUCUCAGGGUUCUAUUUCUUUAGUUCCGAGGGCUCCCGAUUAAUUUUCCCAAUUUUGAUUACGUACCAGAAACGACUAAAUGCUCACACUUCAAGGGGUUCAUACUAUAACGAUGACCCUCAUCCACUAUGGCGGGGCGUUUACCUCUAUCGCAACCCUGCCAGACAUGCGGAACGAAUGCCGAAAAGACGUUUACCUGCAUCCAGUGCAAUAACCUCGCCUUCUGUGAUUCUUGUUGGGCCAAAUGGGUCUUGCACACACCGGGUGCCGUCGGUUGGAACGGUAAACCGCAUGAGAAAGCGGACCCCCUAGUCCUGCACCGGCUACGUCAAAUCUUGGAACCAACACGCACGGAAGCAGAGCACGAGUCCGAGCUCCUCGAAGACCGCGAUACGACAUGGUUCGGAUUCGGUCGCGAUGCCUCUGGUCAUCCCCUAUUCCGAGACUUCGGGCGAUUCGCCGCGAUUAUGAGCGAAACAGCUACCGAUGAGACAGCAGAACGAUACCCCCAAUUAGCUACAUUCAUUGGAGAAACUGGUGUUGGGAAGAGCACCCUAAUAAAACUCCUUAUUGACCGCCAUGACUUGACGGAUCCCGAAGGUGUUAGUUACUAUGCACCCGUGACAUCCUCCAGCCAUGAUCGCAUUUCUACUACAGGCGAUGUUCACCUAUACGCGGACCCCUCAACAUUAUACACUACCCACCCAUUGCUCUUGGUCGAUUGCGAAGGCCUUAGCGGAGGAGAGGCCAUUCCGAAACAGCUUCGACAUGGUCAGCAGGGUUCAAGUAGGACUGAUUCAGAUGAUGUCGGCACCAGCAGACCUUGUUUGACCAGAAAGAUCGCAUGGGCAGAUACCCCAUACACACAGAAGAGAGAGUACGCCGUCAGCCAGCUAUAUCCUCGCAUCCUCUACACAUUUUCGGAUGUCGUGGUCUUCGUCCUACGAAACCCUAGGUCAUUCGAGUCGGUCGUCCUUGAUAAGCUAAUACGAUGGGGCGCAGCUUCCAUUGAUAAAUCACUCAACCAGCCCGUGCUUCCCCACGCGAUUAUCGUCUUCAAUGCCACCGACAUCAACGUUGACGAGAAAGAGUGGGAUGUCAAUAAGGCCACGCAGAUGUUAAUGACGGAUAUUCAAGAUGCUAUCUUGCGUGAGCCGGCUUUGCAGGAACAUGUACACACAUGGCGAAGGCGCGGCAAGACUAUAAAAAGCGCGAAGGAACUCCUCGAGUGUUAUUAUGCUUCUAUAAGUGUUGUCCGAAUACCGUACAAGGGCUCCUAUAUGCUCAUGAACGAGCAAGUCGGAAAGCUCUGCGACCUGCUUAAGGACCACUGUAAGGCUUCAUACCUAAGGAAGAGACAGGUACGGAUGCUAGCGAAUACGGAGAAGCUCCAAUUUUACCUCCAAGCGGCAUACGAUCACUUCACCAAAGACCUCAACACACCAUUUGAUUUCGUCAAAGAAACCCUUCGACAUAGUCCCAUCUCCCGAAACUUCGAGGGUAACAUAUUAAACUUAGCGCUAGCGAUUAAGGAAAAGACAUGCGAUCCGUUUCUCGCUGGUGAUGCGGAGCAGAUCUUCCGAGCUAUGGGUCCGAUGAUAGCAUCGUGUGUUAUGCUUGAUGCCGUCCGCCAAAACCUACCAGGCAGCGCAGCUCGUCUUCUCGAUGACCGGUACGCGAAACCGUGCGCUGGGGCAUUGCAGACAUUCGCCGAUCUUUAUUGCCCUUGUAGCUUUACGAACGCUUCAUACGAUGGAGACCUUGGUCAAUGCUGCAAUGUCAGGUCCGGGCACAACCCUAAGGGACAUCAGAAUAAACAUGGAAAAAUCAUUGGCAACGGAGAUUACGAGUCUAACUUCAAUGCUUCGGAUUUUAGGCCGACCUGGGAAGAGUUGCUGAAAGCAAGCCUGGCUCAAGUCCAAUCUUCCUGUUACAAGCUUGGACAAGACUUCGUAGACAGGAACGAACUACAGAUUGCCGCUAUCCUCCACCAAGAGCGACUCAACGAGCUGUAUUCAAACAUAUUGGGCUCCGCUAACAAAUUCAUCAGUUACUCUGCGUGUCUUUGCUGUUUAAGAGAACUGCCUGAGUGCGCUCUGCCCUGUGGACAUGUUCUCUGCUUCCCUUGUAUCCAGAUAUACGGAGCCAGGACGUCAAGAACCACGAUUGAGAUCAGUCACUGCCCAUUACAUGUUCGCGAUGUUAUUGCUAGCCCACCUUGGAUCAUCACGACAAAACCGCGGUACGCUGGGAGUCGAGUUCUGUGCCUCGAUGGCGGUGGUAUCCGAGGUAUAAUUCAACUCCAAGUCCUAGUAGAGAUUGAGAAGGUCCUAGGCCCAGAUUUACCCAUUCAACUAUUUUUUGAUCUAAUCGUCGGAACGAAUGCGGGUGGUAUCAUCGCGAUUGCGCUGGGAGUUAAGAAAUGGACUGUCAACGCCACAAUGGAGAAAUUCAAAGAUCUGUGCAACGAAGGAUUCACUCCUAGAGAGAUGACUAGUGUCCCAAUAUUUGGUGCAUUAUCUAGUCUCUAUCAUGGUAGUCUAUAUAAGACGAAGCCUUUCGCAAAAGCUCUCAAGAGAUAUCUGUCGGAUCAGCCCUUCUUCGGGAACGCUAUUCAUCGAUCCCGCGUGGUUUCCUCGACCAAGGUUGCUGUUACGGCCUCGACGGGCAUAGAGCGACAACCUGUCGUCUUCGCGAACUAUAAUCGGCUGGAUCUACCUAGAAAAAGACUUCCCUAUAAAUUUGUUCGGUCGGAUUCGCCAUCGAGGGAAAUGCUCAUUUGGGAAGCCGCCCGAGCUACCUCAGCUACACCCCCUUUCUUCAAGCCGUACCUCAAGGCCGAAACGAAUCAAGAAUACGCCAACAACGAUCUGCGUUAUUCAUGUCCAGUAACGGUGGCUCAUUACGAAGCUAAAUCAAUAUGGAGCGACAUAGCAGACUCCCCUCCCGACAUAAUGCUUUCCAUCGGCACGGGUAGAAACGUAGGCGACCGACAUAUAGACGACUCGAAUGCAUACCGAUCAUCGCGAUCCCUGACGAAUGAGACUGUUACUACCACUGGUCUUGGCACCAGUGCUGUAAUCAGACAAGGCCGGGGUGGAGCUGGGAAUUACUCCAAACGACAGACCACACCGACAUCGCCUAUAGCGGAUGGCGCAAGUUUAUGGAAAGCCGCUACUGCGAGCGGAUACGUCGUCCGAGAUCCUAAAACACCUAUGCUGGUGUCUUUCAAUAACCCGGUCCCGAGCCAGACGGAAAAAUUGAAUGAUCAACGGCAAUGCGAGAUAACUUGGAAUCGCUUCAUGUCUAGCAGUACGAUGAAGGAUGAGGAGACCCGUCGACGGUAUAUGCGCAUAUGUCCGGAACUCUUAGUUAGGCUACCAAAGUUCGACGAAGUGCAGAGAAUGGACUCGGUAGAGCGGGAGACUGCGGAGGUCCUACGACAGAAUCGACAAGAUAUCGUUGAAGCCGCGCAUAGACUCGUCGCUAGCACGUUCUUUUUCGAGAAGGAUCCGAGUGGUGUAAAGCAGACUGCUUCUGGAUACACUUGCACAGGAUCGGUCUUUUGCCGAUUCCGAUCAUCCUCUUCCGAACUCAAGGCUCUAGGUUGGUUUCUUAUCUCGCGACUAGAUGGUGAUUUCGAGCCAUACUUCUUGCUUGAAGUACAGGAAGAGGCUGGCGCACCGUGGGCCCCACGACAGAUUAUCCUAACGAAUUCAGUAUUGGAAGACAUGCAUCUGCAAGGAAAUUUUGACCUCAAUCCCGUUAGGAUCAACUCUGCGACGGAACACGCUCAAAUUACGAUAUCACUCUGUUUACAAACCCGUCCCUAUCCAAGCGGCGUCACGAUCCUACCUAUCAGCGGUUUUCCGCGGAAGCUCAUGAGCGAAGAUAGUGGCGGGCUUCUUUAUCAAAGUGGUUCAUCGUCUUCCCGAGCACGCUCCUCUAUCGUCGAUAAAUGGCCAUCGAUAUCGACAGGUGCGGCUAUGGCUUUAAGAGGAGCCCAACGAGAUUCAAUCCCGAGCCCUGCACUCAGCAUCGACUCACUUGGAAAGUUGGAGCUUGAUGGAGACUCGAAAUUUCGUGCUGAACUAGAGGGUUAAGAUGGUAAUGCUUGGAGUAAUAGAGGUAUUGGAAUUUAUGGAUGGGACCAACGCCAUGUAAUAAUCGCAGUAAUGUCGUUUGAAAUUUUAUAUGCUGCGCUAAUCACCACCUAAUCACUGGACAGGCGCGGAAGACUUGAUCACCGGGAUAUCAUUCAUGAGCAUCCCAGGUAUUGAUAGUAUAAAAAUAAAGUGCAUUAUGUAAAUGCUUA